CCUGCAGUGGAAAGUCAGAGCUGUGGUGUGUGGCAGGCGGAUGCAGGAGCAGAGAACAGCUGGGGAGAGAAAGACUCGGAGGACGUGGUGGGGCACAGCUAGGACGAUGCAGUUCCUGGACUGGCUAGUAGUAGCCAUUUGCCUUCUCCCUGGGGUAACUACAACCCAGCACUAUCCAGGGCAGCCCAUGGACAGAGCCAGCGUGGGAGGUGGCCUGCAGGAGCCAGAGGCCCCGGAAGUGAUGUUUGAGCUGCUCUGGGCUGGGCUGGAGCUGGAUGUCCUAGGGCAGCUGCACAUCCAGGACGAGGAACUGGCGUCCACACGCCCGGGCCGCCGACUCAGGCUCCUCCUGCAGCACCACGUGCCCAGUGACUUGGAGGGCGCUAAGCAGCGGCUGCAGCUGUUCCAGGACCUGCGGAAAGGGCCUCCUCUUAGCCCUUGGGACUUUGAACACCUGCUCCUUACAAGCCUGUCCUGUGUCUACCGGCUCCAUAAGGCUAGUGAGGCUGAGGAAAGAGGUCGCUGGGUCCAGGUCUUUGCCCUACUGGCACAGGAAACACUCUGGGACCUAUGCAAGGGCUUCUGCCCCCAGGGGCAGCCCCCUUCUCUGGGGCCCUGGGCCUUGAUCCUUGACCCUUUUCCCUGACCCUCCCAACUCCUACCCCAUGCUAGACCCACCCUGGGCAGUGGCUUCCAUAUGGCACUUAGUUCCUUCCACUGUGUUCAGGUCUGUGGCCUUGGCUUGUACCCUGGAACCCAGUUUACUCCUCCCCCAUUUUCUUCCCUGAGUCUUGGCAGGCUAAGAGCCUGGGUCUCAGGCAGCAAGCACAGACUUUGUGGUGUGUGUGUGUUGGGGUCAAGGUUGAGAAGUGUGUUCAAGAGAUGCUGAAAAAGAAGCUGCCCCCAAGAAGGUCAAGUUAGAUGCUCCCACUCCUACCCUGGCAGUCUGUAACAAGUCCUGUGGAAUCUACAGGAACCUUGUGAAUACUCGGCAGCCAGUCCUAAUAUAACCCCUUUUAAGGCCAACCAAUGCUUUGGAGUCCCUGAGCCCCAAGUUCCCCAUUUGGACUAGCACAGCCUGGACAUCUUUAGUUCCGUCUGUUGGAGAAGGAGUGGAGGAAAGCAGGUGGAGAAACAUUACCUUUUCUGGAGGGGGCAGGUGGAGACAGGCCAGAGGAUGGUUUUGGGUUCAUCUCAACACGGCUCAAAUGAACACCUCAGAGUGAGGCUGCGAGGGCAGAGACAAGCUGAGGCUGGCUGGUGUGGUCCUGAUCCUGUGUAGCUGUCCCAUUAAAUGUUCUGUCCUGGC